GAGCCUAGACUCCUGGAGGCGGGGGCAGCGCUGGGUCUGGUGGAGUUAAGGCGCAGCAAGAUGGCGACCGAGACGGUGGAGCUGCACAAGCUGAAGCUUGCUGAACUAAAGCAAGAAUGUCUUGCUCGUGGUUUAGAGACCAAGGGAAUAAAACAAGAUCUUAUCAAUCGGCUGCAGGCAUAUCUUGAAGAACACGCUGAAGAGGAGGCAAAUGAAGAAGAUGUACUGGGAGACGAGACUGAGGAAGAAGAACCAAAGCCCAUAGAACUGCCCGUUAAAGAGGAAGAACCUCCUGAAAAAACUGUUGAUGUGGCCUCAGAAAAGAAGGUGGUAAAAAUUACAUCUGGAAUACCUCAGACGGAAAGAAUGCAGAAGAGGGCUGAACGAUUCAAUGUACCUGUAAGCUUGGAGAGUAAGAAGGCUGCGCGGGCAGCUAGGUUUGGAAUUUCUUCUGUUCCAACAAAAGGUCUGUCAUCUGACGCCAAACCUAUGGUUAACCUGGAUAAACUAAAGGAAAGAGCACAGAGAUUUGGUUUGAAUGUCUCUUCCAUCUCUAGAAAGUCUGAGGAUGAUGAGAAGCUGAAAAAAAGGAAGGAGAGAUUUGGGAUUGUGACAAGUUCAGCUGGAACUGGAACCACAGAGGAUACAGAGGCCAAGAAAAGGAAAAGAGCAGAGCGUUUUGGGAUUGCAUAAUGAAAAGUUCAUGCUUUCUGCCCCAUAGUGGUUUCCAUUUCUCAAACUCUUGUUGGUUUUUAUACACACACACCCUACACACAGUCAUGUGCCUCACAGUGAGGAAGUGUGUGCCUUAGAUAGGUGCAUCCUUAAAUUCCAGCAGCAGUUUGAUUUAACUGCUACUCUGCAUUAAGGUUGUUAUAUUUUUGUUUUUAAUUAUUUUGCUUAUUAAUAAAAAGAAAGAAAAGAGAA